AUGCUUUUGUUCGCCGUGUCGGUUUUCCCCUCUGCUAGAGUCUUGAGCGACUUGCAAAAGUCAAAAGUCUCUGUGCCGAUGCGUCGACUAUCACCACGCUUUUCCGCGGCUGCGUCUUUCGUUUCGGGGUUGCCUCCGGAAGCCGCCAGGUCUGCAGGGGCGUCGGUGUGUAGUUUGCGUCAUGGAUAUGGUUUUGCGCUUAGCGGGCCACGUGGCGUUGGCGGCGGUGGUUGCUGGAGGUGGCGUGUUGCGCCGUUGGCGCAGACCUGCGACGCUUCCGCGAGAGGUCUUUGCCUGCAGCACUGCCGGGGGACGCUGAAUAAGUUCGACGCAGUUGGAUACGCUGGGCGUACGCGGAAUGUGGCCAACGCCUUCGAUGCGCUGGAGAUGAAUUUGUUUGACGACCCCACUGGCGGGCUGACGGCGGGCCCCGCAGAGGAGCUCUCGACCACUGAGAUUGAGCACCAGGUGCGCCUCAACGUCUCCUCCUACUCGCGGUCUAUCUUUUACCUGCUGUACACGCCCUUCGUGGACGUGGUGUCGGUGCUGCUGGAGCGUGGACUCGCGCCGAACAGCACACGCCCAGGCGAAGUGAUGUGUCGCUGGUUUACAGAUGGCGCUCUGACACUUCAAAAUCCUACGUGCGUCGAGGAGGGAAUGGGGCCGGAGGCAUGGCGGCAGCUGUGUGAGGGGCUUGAUGCCUUCUACGAAGACGUGGAGCCGGUGAUGCCACUGACGGCGGCGGUGCAUAAGCAUGGGCUGCCAGAGGAGCUGCUAGUCCCGUUUCUCCGACAGUUGGCAAUGGACCUGCUGGUGCCUCUGCGCAAGCGGGCUGUGCUGGAGGUCCUGCCUGGCCUCAUUCUUGGCCUUGCGAAUGGCCGUGCACCGGCUGCUUUGAAGUUUCCCACCGACAACCAGCGUGCACGAGCUACCAUGGCAGCCGAUCUUUUUCUAGGAGUGGGGCAGGAGACAGGUAACACGGACCUCGCGUACCUUGGAAUUCAACUCCUGCGCGCUAAUGACAUUGCUGUGCCGUUUCCAAAACAGAAGCAGCUAACAAACGUCUUUUCAGCCGCUACGCGAAUUCAGACGGACUGGCAGAUGCGGGUCAGCGGGCAGCUCGUGGAGGUUCUGCCGAAGUGGAUGGAGUACUACAAGAAGGUCCACAUGGACAACCUUCGGGCCAUGAAGGGUCUCGGCGGGGCGCAUCCAACGGCUGCGGCGGCACAGACUGGGACCGCCGGUGAGGGGGAGAACGAACUAACGGCGAAGAAGGACACCACCACCACUAGGACGCCGCUGCUGCUGCGGGGCAGGGGAAGCGCCCACGCAAGAGUGAUGUUGGGCGCCACGGUAGGCGGGGAUGGCAGCAUUCCUGCUGCAGAGAAGCAGGCAGACGACUACAGCAACGAUGACGGCGUGCACGACUAUUUUUCAAGCCAUCGUUCGGAGAAUUUGCUGCGUCUCUCUGAGCUGGAAAGCCGGGUUUUGAAGUCUGUGCGCCGCAGGGAGGUGGCGUGGGGGGAUGACAGCAACAAGCUCUAUCACCGCUUCGGGCGGAGGCGAUCAGCCACGGAGGAGCCGAGGAUUGAGGAGGCGGAGACGGUGGGGUGCUUGGACACCGCAGAAAAUGUGUCGCUGAAGGAGAAUGGACGUCGCAAGCCAGAGGCGGCAACGACACGCACGCGGGUACACAAGGAGGACUCCGAAGUGAAGCCCAGGCAACAGCAGCGGUCGGGGACAAGCAGGACAACCACUACGCAUGCGCGCGACAGGGACGGCGGCAGCGUUAAUCUGAGCGUGUAG